AACUGCUGAUGUCAUGAAGUAGCGAGGCUAAGCUCCGCCCAUAGUCGCCUGUUCCUGUAAAAAUGGCGGCACAAACAGACCGCGGCGUGCCUCUCAGUACGCUUUCGCCAAAGUUCCUGCACACCAACUCCACCAGCCACACCUGGCCCUUCAGCGCUAUCGCUGAACUCAUAGACAAUGCCUAUGACCCAGAUGUCAGUGCCAAGCAGUUCUGGAUUGAUAAAACUAUGGUUAAAGGAGAGGUGUGCCUCAGCUUCAUGGAUAACGGAAACGGCCUCGACCAUGAAACUAUGCACAAAAUGCUUAGCUUUGGGUACAGCGACAAGAUGGCAGUAAAUGGACUGGAGCCCAUUGGUAUCUAUGGUAACGGCUUCAAGUCCGGAUCCAUGCGUCUCGGCAAAGAUGCGAUUGUCUUCUCCAAGUCAAAGAGCAUAUCGUGCAUUGGGAUGCUUUCUCAAACCUACCUGGAGAAGAUUGGAGCCAAGCAAAUAAUUAUUCCUAUUAUUUCCUUUGAAAAUAAGAAAUCAAACAGAAUCUCCGUAAAAGAAAAACAAGAAGCAAGUCUGAAGGACAUCCUGCAAUACUCCCUUUUUAAGUCUCAUGAGGAACUUCUCGCUGAGAUCAAUGCCAUCACUUCAACCUCAACUAAGACAGGCUCCCGGAUCAUCAUCUGGAAUCUCCGCAGGACAUCUUCCGGAUCAACAGAGUUUGACUUUGACAGAGAUCGAUAUGACAUCCGCAUUCCCUCAGAAGUUUACGAAGAAUUAAGCGAUCCAUCUCGGCCUUUGAACAGGAGUACAUCUUAUGUUCCUGAGAGUGUGAUUUCACUGCGGGAGUACUGUAGCAUUUUAUACCUGAAGCCACGCAUGCAGGUCAUGGUGCGGGGUCAAAAGGUGAAGUCUCAGCUCAUCGCUAAGAGCCUGGCCUACAUCAGAAAGGACCACUACAAGCCCACUUUUCUGGACAAACGCAUACCUAUUAUUUUUGGGUAUAACACCAAAAGUAAAGACCAGUAUGGUAUCAUGAUGUAUCACAAGAACAGGCUCAUCAAAGCGUAUGAACGUGUGGGCUGCCAGCUUAAGGCCAACAUGAAAGGUGUUGGAGUCAUUGGGGUCAUCGAAUGUAACUUUCUGGAUCCUACCCACAACAAGCAGAGCUUCAACGAGACUGACAAGUACAGAAAAACCAUUAACAGUUUGGGGACUAAACUGGAGGAGUACUGGAACGAGAUCCGUUUCAGAAAGACCAAAGAAGACCCAAACAGCACUGUGCCAGUGGAAGAUACCAUGAAGCGACCGGAUCAGAACUGGGUGCAGUGCGACGACUGUUUGCGGUGGCGUAAACUCCCGGACGGGAUCGACGUCAACAAGCUGCCGGAUAAGUGGUACUGCCUGUUGAACCCCGAUCCACAGUUCAGGAGCUGCAAGGUAGAAGAAGAGCCUGAGGACUCCGAUGAUGAUCAGCCGUCGUACCGGAAGACCUACAAACAACAAGAGAGGGAGAACAAAAAGAAACAAGGACAGAAAUUUGAACAGGAGGAAGAAGAGGGGUAUUUGGAUUUGGACACCUUGGAUAGACAGUCCAAAGCUUUUAAACGGCAGCACAAUAAGCUUACCCGGCAGCUUCAACAAGUGUCUCCUAAUUACCUGACGAGUAGGGCUGAUUCCACCCUGCGGAGGUCCUCAAACAUUACGCAAGCUCGUAAGGACAUGAUUUCUUCUGCAGCCGGCAGCCCCCCCAGCAGCGAGUCUCCUCUUGUGAUCACCAACGUUUGCUCGCUCUCAGCAGCAUCAGCAACCCUGAGGGGGAAAAGGAGCCAGGUUGUCACUCCACAAAGCACGCCAAAACGACCCAGAGUGAACGGUUUCCAGCCGGGUGCCUCUGACACCCCCGUAUCCGUGCGCAUUGACAGCAGCGACACGGAUGAGACCGAUGAUGACGACAUUGUCAUCUUGGAAACUGCAAGUACGCCCAAGCCCAAACAGCCCGUUGGUACUUUAAGGAAAGUGAAGCAAGAGAAAGAGGAGAGUGAAACUCAAAUCCCGAUGGUGCUAGAGUGCACCGACGACGCUGCUGUGGACGAGACCUCCGCGGCGACGGCCGAAGCCGAAACCUGCCCACCUACAGCAGUGGCGAGCGCCACCACCCAGACCACCGCUUUUGAAGUGAAGGAGGAACAACCGAGUCAGAAUCAGACCGAAGGGAACGGCGAAACGGCUAGUAGGAGUGGUUCAACUCCAGAUCUGCCCGUUGAAAGAGAAGUGAAGAAGGAACAGCAGAAUCGGACUGAAGGAAGCUACGAAACGGCUAGUAGGAGCAGGUCCAUUGAACGAGAAAUUAAGCUGGAGCGCGGUGAGGGGGUUGAGAACCACCAAGGGGAAACCUUGGGCAACGGAGUGGCACAUAUGGAGAGUGAUGAAGGUGCCGGUCCUUCUUCUUCUGUUCUGCAGUACCCCAAUAUCGAUGAAGUUCAGAAACAACAAGAUCAGCUCGUGGAGCUGAUGCAGGAAACGGCCCAGGAGAGAGACGCCUUGAGAGAGCAGCUGAAACUUCUCACCUCUCAGCUUGAGGACAUGCAGAGCCGACUGCAGGAACAGUCUCAGGCCAAGGUAAAGGAGUCCUCACACCAAGCCUGCCAGACUGACACUCAGACAGACUACAAGGGCCUUUUUGAGAGGGCCAAACAGAAAAUCAAUGAUUUAAUACGGGACAAAGAGGCUUUAUUGGCAGCUAACGAGAGCAAGAGCAAUCCAAACUCUGGCCAAGAUGAGGAAAAUGACAUUGAGGAGAUUUCGCUUAAAGUCAGCCGUCUGGUCCAAGAACUAGACGAGAGGAACAAGGAAAGGGAAGAACUGCGCCUGCAGCUGGAUAAUCUGGAGGAGGAGAAGUCGACUUUGGCAGCCCAGUGUGAGGAGCUCAAGUUGAGAAUGCAGCAGCAAAGAGAAAAUGCUCAACCUUCAGCAGGGUCCCGCACCUCUGGCACAAACUCAGACGCCUCCAGUUGCUUGAUCGAGCUCCGUCAGAACGUCGGCCGCCUCCUCGUCUCCCGGGUGCCGGCGCUGGACCUGGCGCAGGUCAAUUUCGAAUGCAACGUCAUCGAUGAGAUCCUCGAGCAGGUUCUUACAGGCACAGACUUCGAUUUCCCAGGCUGAAAUGCUGCGCUCGGUUUGGAAAGUCACCUCCACUGAAUUAAGGUCUUCCUGCUCACCCUCGGAUCUGGAAGGAGGUCCAAGCCUGACCUGUUUCCAAAAUGGAUUGUAAACUUUUGGACUUCUGAAGAACAUUUUCAGGGAGUCAAAUGAAUGUCUGAGGUUUAUUUAUUUAAAAUGUUCACAUUUUA